AUGGCCCACGGAACCACCCCCGACGGCAUCCUAGGCAAGGUCAUCGGCCUCGUCAGCCUCUUCGCGGUCCUUCCCGUGUUCUCGUUGUCCAUGCCCCUGGCCUUCAUGUUCGGGUCCCCGUCGUGCUGGGGCUUCGGCGAGAAGUACCGACCGUCCUUCUCAUACGUGUGGUCGAAGUUCAUGACCGAGACCGUCAUGGGCUGCAGGCUCAAGCUCGUGGGUACCCGCGCGCUGUACAAGGACGGCCCGUGCGUCUACCUGUCCAACCACAGGGCGUGGGCGGAUUUCUUCAUCGACAUGUACCUCACCGAGGGCCGAGCCUUCAUCCUGAGCAGGUUCGCGGUGGCGUACGUGUUCCCCGCGUUCAUGCUGCCCGCCAUGUGGGUCGGAGCCGUGUUCGCGUUCAAGCGAGGCAAAGCCGGCGCGCACGACGAGCUCAACAACGCCCUCGACGCUCACUUCAAGACGUUCACCGACUUUUCCGGCUUUGUGGUGUACCCAGAGGGAACGAGGAACGUUCGGCCCAAGUCCCUGCCGCUGAAGCGCGGCCUGAUCAAGUACACGCACUCCCGGGGCAUGGACGUGCAGAUCAUCAUCGGGGGACACAAGGAGCACGUGCUGAGCGAGCAGAGGGGGAGCGCGUCGUGGGGCGUGGAGAUACCGGUGGGGUACUCCGACGUCAUCAGCUCCAAGGCGUUUGUCGGGGAUUUCGAGGGAUUCUACGCCGAGGUGAAGAGGGCGUGGGAGCUGGAGUGGGACCGCGUGUACGGCGACAAGGACAGGCCGACGCGCCCGCACCACCCCAAGGUGCAGCUCGUGGAGUACACCAACGGCAUGAGCGUCCUGCUCGUGGCGUCGUCGGCGCUGUGUUCCGUCGCGGGUGUGUUCGCGGUGAUUUGGUGCGUGACGCUCGCGGCGGCGGCGAUGCCGCUCGGGGUGGCGCUCGGCGCGGCGAGUGGCGCGUGA